CCUCCCAACUUAUGAGGUGUUCAUCCUUUUUUUUUUUCAGAAUUUCUUAUGCGGGCAACCAAAUUCAGAAAUUCACCACGACACCUGACAGUAACUGAUGAACUUUGCGCACGGACUAUCUUUUUACUUGCAUAUGAUUUCUACGAUGAAGUUGUACUUUUGAACAAACCUCUUUCCAUAGCAUCCUAACUUAAUCAGGGAAUACAGUUUCAUUAUACGUUUUUAUUGGAGAAGCUUCUCUUUUAAGCCCAAAAUGACCUUUUAGUGUGUAGGAAUGAACAUUAAGUUGAUCUGAGAAAACAUAUUCUAGUGAGAUUUGAAGAAGAAGCUUCUAGAUCUUUCAUCUGUCGAGAUAUGGAUGUUAAGGAAGAAGAGGAAAUGAUGAUGAAAACGGUAGCCGACUUUUUGGGGAAGGAGGUGAAAGAUUGGGGGAAUGAAGAUAAGAUGAGAUAUAGGUUUAAGGCACUUAGUGGACAGAGGAGUGACUGGGAGCCUCUUUACCUUUUCUGGAGAGACCUAAUCAUCAAGGUAUCUCGCCACCUCAACACCUUCAUCAUUCACCCUCGCCAUGUCAAACAUUUAUGGUUUUGUCAAGGUGGGGUGUCCCCUCUGUGUCUUGAUCGUGUACUUGUGGAGAUGUACAGUUGUGGGGAUAUAUCGCCGGUUCCAAAUCUUUCGGUUCAAACAACUGAAGGUUGGCGUCUAUCUCAGAUUCUACGUAAAGCAGCGUACUUGGUGGGCUUAUCUUGGGGAUCAACUGCAGUUGAGUUUCUAGAGGAAGAUUGCUAUGUAUUGACCCCUCUCUUAAAGGAAAAAGCUGAAGAAGUUGUCAAUUAUUUUUCUGAAAAUCACUGGACACCGUCAUGUAUUGUUACAAUGAGGAAGUUCCAGGAAACUUGUGGUGGUCAAAAGGAAGCGUCCGCAAUUCUGAGUUACUUGUCAGACUGCCAUAAAGCCAAGUACCUUGUGAUCACCAAAAAUGACCGUAUAGAGGGAGUAAAAGUUUGUCUCGACUCUGGAGCUGCCCCUAACAUCACAACUAAAGAUUAUAAUGUUUUACACUUAAUCUGGACAGUGGAAAAGCUUGAACAACAGCUUCAGCUGAUUGACCAGCGUUAUGAAAAAACAAGGAAGUCAGCUCUAGCUUAUUUGAAAUGUGGCAACAAAUCUGCUGCCUUGAGAUGUGCAAAAGAACUAAAGUUGGUAUCUCAGAGUCGAGAUAAAUGCACCAACCUUUUAGAUCGAGUCGAAGAUGUUCUCAGACUUAUAGCAGAUGCUGAAUCCUCUAAAAAGGUUUCUGAGGCUAUUCAAAUUAGUGUACAAGCAUUGAAGGAUAAUCAGAUUAGUAUUGAAGAAGUCACUAUGUGUCUGGAUGAUCUUGAUGAAAGCAUUGAUUCUCUGAAGCAAGUCGACGAUGUUUUAGGAUCACAGCUAGCUCUGACUCAAAUUGAAGAAGAGGAGGUUGAAGAUGAAUUCAUGAAACUCGAGGCUGAAAUCAAAUUUCAACCAAAUCAAAACCGUAUACAAGAUGGAAUAAACAAUAGUAGUAAUGCAUUGACUGAUGCUCUAUCAAAUCUCAGUCUUAAAGAGAAUGGAGCAUCAGAAAAGGUGAAAGAACAUUCUAUAAAGACAACGAGCAAAAAUCACAUGUCAAAAGAUGCUACUUUGGAACCUGCUUGAUCGUCUGUUUUAGUACACCAUCCAUGUUUGGCAUAGCUUUCUAGAAGAAAAACAUUCAUAUGGGAAUGUGCUGUAGAAACUAGGAUUUUGAGAAGUCAUUGAUGUAAUAUGAUAUCUGUCAAUAUACCGAACAAUCCCUUGUAGUCGAGUUGGUGUGUAAAUAAAGUGAUAUUUCUAUUAUUAGCUUCUCUAAUGUCUUUAUAACGUUUUCUCUUCAAGAUUACA